GGUGCCCAUGAGGCCGAUUUUGUGAAUAGGAAAUCCUUUCACAGCAUUAAUGUUCAGAUGGUCUGCAAUGCUGACUGUGUGAUCAGCAAUGUUGUGGCAAAAUGGCCUGGCUCAGUCCAUGACUCCAGAAUCUUUCGGGCCUCUGAAAUCUAUCAGUGCCUAUCACAAGGUGAAUUCUCUGGUGUGAUGCUGGGAGACAUGGGGUAUGGCUGCCAGCCUUUUCUCCUGACACCUUUCACAGACCCCCAGGAAGCACAGCAGGCCUACAACCAUGCCCAUGCCAGGACCAGGGCCAGAGUUGAAAUGACCUUUGGCCUCCUGAAGGCACGCUUUCACUGCCUUCACAAAUUAAGGGUCAGCCCUGUUAGGGCAUGUGAUAUUACUGUGGCUUGUGCUGUCCUCCACAAUGUGGCCUGCCUGAGGAAGGAGAGGGCCCCCAGAGUGCCACCAGCCAUGGACUGGGACAAUCCGGCAAUCUUCCCUGAUGACGACAGUGGUCGGCUGCUGAGGGACCAAUAUGUGUUGAAUUAUUUUAGUUAGUAUGUGUGCUUUCAAUUUUGGUUAAAUAUGUCCUGCGGUGGC